CGCCUGUCACCUGUGUGUUAAUUGAGCGUGGGGCAGUGUGAGGUAUGCGGGUCACAUGACCGCGGUGCGGAGCAGGAGACGCCCUGCUGUCUCCUCCAGAGACCGUCUGUCCCCCAAAGCCCAACACUGCUGCCCAGAGCUCUGCUCCCGUGGAUCAUGUCUCCGAGGCGGAUGGAAACCAAGCCGCUGAUCUUCUGUCUGAAGACGCUGCUGCUGCUCUACUGCCUCGUCUUCUGGGUGACAGGUGUGGUGCUGCUGUCUGUGGGUCUGUGGUGGAGGUUCAUGUUGGGUCCCUACACCUCUCUGAUCUCCAGCGGGUCCUCCAAUGCGCCCUACGUCCUCACCGCCACCGGGGGCGCCAUCGUGCUGUUCGGGCUCUUUGGCUGCUUCGCCACCUGCAGGGGGGGGGCCUGGAUGCUCCGACUGUAUGCCGUGUUUCUGUCUCUGGUCUUCAUGACUGAACUCAUCGUUGGAAUAUCAGGAUUUGUCUUUCGUCACGAGAUCAAAGGGUCGUUCCUGACCACCUUCAGCGACGCUGUGAUGAGAUACGAUGGGCGGGACGACCGGAGUUUGGCUGUGGACGGAGUCCAACGAAGGUUGCUCUGCUGUGGCGUCCACAACUACACCAGCUGGCUGGAGUCGCUGUAUUUCCCUGCGGGGGGGGUUCCUGCCAGCUGCUGCGUCAGCUUCUCCGACUGCGCCGCCACCGACCUGAAGGACGCCGCGCUGGCCUCCCGCAAGGUGCACAAGCAGGGUUGUUAUGAGUUAGUGACGUCCUUCCUCGAGGGAAACAUGGGAAUAAUCGCUGGAGUGACGUUCGGCGUCGCCUUCUCUCAGCUGAUAGGAAUGUCUCUGGCCUGCUGCUUGUCUCGCCUCAUCCACGCCAACCAGUACGAGAUGGUGUGACCAGUACGCACACAG